UCCGUCCUCCUGUGGCUCCAGCCUGCAGAGUUUUCCCGUCCUGUGUCAGGAUAACAUCGUAAACGAGGACCACCUGACGGUAAGACCGGACUAAAUGGAAGCAGCGGAGGAAACUCUCACUUACCUAGAUGACACCGGACUUCACAGGAAGCUGCUCCCAGAGGACAAAGAUAAGGACAACACGGACAGUAGAGGCCAGGCCACCGAGACAAAAAGCGAGGAGUCCAACUAUGUGGAUCUGGACAUGAAACCGGACGGGGCAAGAACAGUGAAGGUUACUUUCACUGGCGAGGGGAACCAGCUCUCCGUUAUCAAAUACGACAGCUCCAAGCAGGGGACGGAGGACAAGCGGGCCUCCGUCUCCGCGCCUGUCUCGGGUGAGCCUCCACUGGAAACUCUGACCAAACUUCCCAACACUGAUCCGGGCUCAGAGAAUGACAAGCUGCUCCAGACCGAGCUCGACCCGAGUGACUGCAGCGAGCAUGUGUGCAGUGAGAGUGAUGAGCUCCAGUACACGGACAUGUAUCUGAACAGCAAAACGGAGUCUGAUGACGGGGUGCUGUCCGACCACUGCGGCUCCGACACCGUGGAGGACGAGUCUCACUAUAUCACCACGCACGAAAUCCAGUUGACCGAGCUCGACCACGACGUAGAUUACGACCUGGGGCGAGGGACCUGUUGGGAUUUUGAAGACGACAACCUGGUCUACUCCUUUGUGGAUUACGCCUCUUUUGAGAGCGAUGAAACGCAGGAGGGGACUUUGAUACUGGAGGGCAGGAGCCAGGCGAAAGUGCAGUCUAAUCUUGGUGGAGCAGUUGUCAGCACCGAGCAGGAGGAGGACAGUGAUCUUUGUGACUCGGACAAAUGCGCCAGUUCAGAUGAGAGCGUGUGCAAAAACCAAAUUUGCGGGGACGAAAAUACGGGGAAAAUCCAUCUAUCAAUAAAAACCUCCUCCAGAGCGGUGAACGAGCCCGUUGGUAUCCUUGACAACAGCACCUGUAGUUACACGAAACAUUUUGGAGACAGGAGCCACUUCUCUUUUGUGAGCUCUGGCGCCAGAGCGGGGCCCUCGGGCGAUAGAGCCCAAUAUUUCAUCCCUGCUCCGGGCCGUCAGCACCUUGCAACCAAACUGAGACGGAAAGAUAUUAAUGAGUAUUCCAGCGGAGCGUCCAGCUCCAUCAGUGAGCUAGAUGACGCUGAUAAAGAGGUGCGUAAUUUAACCGCCAAGUCUUUCCGGAGCUUGGCAUGUCCAUACUUCGAUGCCAUUAAUCUUAGCACCUCUAGCGAGUCCUCUAUGUCGGAAUAUGGGCUAAAUAAGUGGUCAGCCUAUGUGGACUGGAAUUAUGGAAACAUAUCGCGGGGAAGAGAGCGGAGCGUAAUUGCGCACAAGACUUCGAGCGCAAGACUGGAAAUGAAUAAGACUGUGGAAAGUAAGAGGCAUGGUAAGUCCGCAUUGAACAAGAGAACAACUUCUCAACAGUCUUCCUCUUCGAGCAAAAAGGUCGAACUGAAAGAUCCAGUUCAGCAAAAGCAGCGUGGAGUGACGCUGAAUUUCCGCUGCAACGUCGAAGCACCCGAAGGAACCAGGCGUCCAAAAUGCUCCAAGAACACACGAUCCAACGAGGUUACUGGGAGAUCAGGAAGUGAGAUGCAAUCUCAUCAGACAGACAGCAUGGGGGACACACACAAAAGGGCAAUUUUUGCAUCAAGUCUGUUGAAAAAUGUGAUUUCCAAAAAGAUGCAGUUUGAACAGGAGCGCAAAAUGGAAAGGGGUGAACUUUGUGACACAUACCCAGCACUCUCCCCAGAUAGAGGUCUGGGAAGAGGCUUGCAAAGACAAACCUCAGAAUCAGGGUCAGGAUUCACUGUUAAUUCUGCUGAUGACCAACACCUGGAGGGCAGCAGACCCAGUUCUUAUGAGCCGGCAGAGGAGCAGAAAAGCAACAAAGCACCAGAUGACUCAGAAAAGGGACAACAUGAGCCUCCAAAAGCAGCGCUCAGCCACAGCCAGAGUAGUGCAUUUAAUUCAUUGAAAGUAGAUGAGCCAGAACCUGUAAAGGAGGCUGAGCCCACAGCUGCAAGUGACGCACAGACUACAGCAAAGGAAGAUUUAGACACCAGCAGCAUGCUGACAAAACUGGUUUUUGUUCCGAGCUGCCGUCUUCUUUCAAAAGAGAAGGAUUUUACAGAAGACUUAGCAAGCCAAACACCUGUCACAGACACACCUGCUGUCCCACAGAAGAGUGAAAAAGAGUUCAAAACAGGCAAUAAUGGAAAAAUAAUAGAGAAAGAAGAAAACGAGAAGGGGGGGAAAACACCUGAGAUAAAAAUAUGCCUGAGAAGUGUGAAAGAAAAUAAAGGCUGUACACUGAAUAUUGCCAACCUGUUAACCCCUAAAAUAAGUUACAACACUGUUAACACAUUCAGGGCAGCAGGUGAUGCUAAAUACCACAUUUUAUCUGCAACAGAUAAAAUCCCCAACUUCACAGUUAGAGACAUAAGAGACACCAAAUGCCAAAAACACCAAAAGUUUCAAACACCAAUAUAUCAUGUCAGGGAUGUGCGUAAAUUAGUAAAAAGCUCAUACCUGGGUAAUAGUGACAGUAAAUGUUCCACAGCAGCUGAAAAACCUGAGGAAAAGGCCAAAAAAGAGCCGGUUAAACAUGUAUUACCAUCUCCCAUCGUGAUUAAAUGCCACUCUGUUAAAACAAAUGUAAAAUCACAGAAACAAGAAGAGGAAGGUGUCCCAUCUGAAACAUCCCAAAGUGAAAAUGCACCACCACACUGUAUGACUAGCAUGGUGCCACCUAUUGUAUCCAAACAGCUACACCCUGACCAAUCAGAAACCCAACCAAACACUGAAACCAAGCUGACAAAACAGAGGCAGGACAAGUUCACAGGUGAGACAGUCGAUAGGAGAAAUGAGCCUACUGUACCAAAACAAGCUGCGUUAGAGAAGCUUAAAGCUGCAGUCAAAACAAUGGAGCAGCUUUAUGUUUUUGAUAGAAAUGAAUGGAAGCGUAAAACUCAAGCUCCUCAACCCAUCAGAGACAGCCACGUGCUUUCACUUAUUGCCAGGGAGGAGCAGGGAGCAGAGGAGCUGGAGACAGCAAACACUGACAGGAUUCCACGGUCUCUGAUAAAUAGCACAGAAACAGGCAGACCACAGGAAGGGAAAGGUACUGUGAAUAUCGUACAUGUCCCGUAUAACGAUGACACUUUUAAAACACAAUCACAGCAAAGUAAAACAUUUAGUAACAGAAGUGUCCUUCAUUUUGGCAACAGCAGUAAGGCUCAUGUCAGCAUUAGUUCAGUUAGUAACUCUGUUCUACAAAGCCCUGCGCUGCAAACACCAUCGACUAUGAAAAGCUCCAAGACACCGGUGACUCCACUGUCAGUGAAAAUAGAGCCUCCGAAACACGGCCAGGUGGAGCAGGGAAAGGUCAAAAUCAGUGCCAGUAAUCCCACUGUCACACAGGGCUGCUCAGACUCGGAGAACUAUUUAACCAUACCAGGCCUGGGGUACACAAACGAAAUCAAACUGCUGAAUCGAGAGCCUGUGUCGAAGGGGAAUUCAAAUGUCAGUCAAGCCCACACAAGUGACAGCAAGAUGCCUGAGCAGAAAAGGUCUCCGUUAAUCCUGGAGUACCCGGCUACAAGCAUCUACCAUCACUCAGCAGCAGCAGCAACAACAAGGCCACAAACCCAACAGCAGGUGUUGUGCUUCUCUCCCACUGUGUCACCUACCUCUCCUACUGGAGAGACAGUCCCACAAACCCAGCGCAAGAUGCUUUUGGACCCCACCACAGGACACUAUUACCUGGUCGACACUCCCUUACAGGCCACCACUAAGCGACUGUUUGACCCUGAGACAGGCCAGUAUUUGGAUGUGCCCAUGCCACAUUCACCUGUGGCACCCAUCGCCCCUGUUCCUCCAGUGCCUCUCUCUUUGUCCCCGCUGACACUGAGUCCUGGAGCGUACGCCCCCACCUACAUGAUCUACCCAAGCUUCAUCCCCUCACCCACCCUCCCAGCUCAGGCGGUGUUUCCACAGUCUCCAUGCCACGCUGAGGAUGCAGGUGGAGACAAGGUAAAAAAUGCCAAAAGCCCAAGGCUGGAAAGUAAGACAACAGGUGCAGAGAGUGCAUAUUACAGUGCAACAGGCGAGGCUCCGCAUCUACCUGUGAGUUUGGGACAUGUGACCAGCAGAGGAAGUGCAGCAAGCUCCGAGAGGAAGCCGGUUAUCAGCAUCACGACACAACAAGGUCCAAGAAUCAUCGCCCCGCCUUCCUUUGACGGAACAACAAUGAGUUUUGUAGUGGAGCAUCGGUGACCAAGAAAAUAUCUCAUCAUACAUACAUCUCCCUUGAAGAAUCUUCAUUCACCGUAAGUGCAGUUUUCACCCAUCACUCCACCCUGUGCUCCCCCGGACAACUUCCAACAAUAACAAUUUCUACCCCCACUCCGUUGUGUUGUUUAUCCUUGCAGCAGACAUUACUGUAUUCUCUAUGCAUUGCAGCACUUUGUAGGGUAAACGCAUUCGGCCACAUCCUCUGGCUAAUGCUCUGCCAUGUUGCUAUAUGAAUCAGCUUUGUAAUACUUUCCAUUCAGCUGCUGCCAUGAACACUUAUCUCUGUUGAAAUGCUGUUUGGGCCCUACACCAUGUCUAUUCAAAAGGAAACAAGGCAGGUCUUCUAUUACAGUUGAGUGCUACUCAUCAUCCAUUUUAUUACUGAGUUUAAUGUUAACAUGUCUUUAAAGCAACUCUAUGUAACUUUUGAAAAGAAAGAAAACAUUUUCCUUUUACCAAUGAAAAGUUCAACUCAUAAGCAAUGAUGUGCAACCUUGCUAAAAUCAGAACACUCAGGGGAUUAGCUGCUACAAUCCGUCUUGACAUGGUACAACAGGGACUAACUGACAUUACCGAGUCAAUUUGCUGACAUUAUCACUCUAGUUUAGUUACUGUUAAAAUAUGUUUUAGGAUGUCACAGAUAACCCUUUCAGAGGUUUUAUCAGAUGGUAAAACGAGAGGGAAACACAACAUACUAUACCUCACCAUGAGAGGUUACCAGUUGGCUUUGUUGCCAGUUUAUCCCAAUGUGACACUGCAACAAAAACUCCCUUGCAGCCCAGAAAGCAUCGAUAAUAGACCCAGGUUAACCUGGGUACAUGUUCAAAGCCUCUAUUGCAAAUGUGACAUCUUUGGCAAGCAAAGAAUCCACUGGUAGGCACCGGGGGUAAAGGAUGCCGUCAAGCAAGCACAUCAGCAGUAAUGCGGAUGCUGCACCAGACUGUUGUGGUGAAGAGAAAGCCGAGUCUGAAGGUAAAGCUCUCAAGCUUUCCUCAUGACUGAGGAAGGAGCUUACCUUGCUUAGCCUGUCAACAUGAUCCUGGAUUGGCAGCAUCUUGGAGUCCUGUAUCCAGUUCUCAUAAUAAAUCCAUGGUCCUGAGUAAGGUUGCUAAUAGUGAUGUUUUUAAGCAAGUGACUCAAGGUCAGGGUCACAGUGGCUAAAUGGUUACAUAGUCUUACUUUAAUUCACGCAAUAAGAUAAUUAAUUACAGUAAAUAAAACCUAUGAUGUAUAUUUUACACAGUUUUCUGAGGACAGGGACCAUAUGUCUGCACUGAAUUAAAAGAAUUACGGAUAAUGUUGAAUCACUCCAUCUUUUCUCUCACAGUAACAGUCAGAAGAGCAAUUAAAAUUACUGUAUUUCAAAAUAUCAUAUUUUAGAGAUGUCCCAAGUAAAUAUUAAUCAAAUUCUAUAUAUCUGACAUUCAUGUGUUUCAAAUUAUUACUCUCUACACUACACUAUUUUUUCACAUUCACAAUAACAUUUUCUUGUCUUUCAGGACUUAGUGGCUCAUGUUCUACUUCUAAAUGUAUCCUGUGUCAUGACUCACAAAAUGCUCCUAAUACCUAUACACAACUGAUGCGCUGUAUGAAGUGGUGUAUGCUAAAUUUUUAAAAGCACGCUCCUUGUAUGUUACAGUGAGAAGAACAGAGAAACACACCAGGUGUGUUGCUCAGAUGUAGCAGAGCUGGGACUAUGGUUUAACAGUGUACUUAGGUCACUAAGUAGUGUUGGGCCUAAUGAGUCAGAGCCAGCUCAGACAAUUAGGGGAUAACUUCCUCUAAUGGUGUUGGUUUAUUUUACACUUUUGUGUAAUGAGAUAGGAGUUAGUGCAUGUGCGUCUGAAUGUGUUCGUGUUUGUGGCAGAGUUAUGUAUGGCAUUUCGGCAUUCUGUGAGCGUACAACAAGGAGUCAUGUUACUUUGAUGUAGACAGGAGCGUACAGACUGUAUGUGUUGGGUGUGUCUUUACACUUUACACACAGCAAUACCAUUUUCUCUUGUUUAACCCCCUUGACCUCUUUCACUUAAAUGUGUAUAAAGUGAGGUUUUCAUGAAAAUGAUCCAUGAACUGAUAACAUGCAGACAAUAUUUGAAGAUUUACAGAUCUGUCCUGUUUCCUUUUGAAUAUGCAAUGGGGUAUCAUAGUUUAUUGUGCUUUACUUGACUCAGAUAUACCAGCAUCCUAUGUAGAAAUAAUGCAAAUGAUAGAUUGCUGUUUUUAGCAUGUUUCAAAACUAAACACAUUUUAAAAAGGUAUUUGGAGCUGCUGGUCAGUCUAUGUACCUUCAUUCUGUAAAAUACAUGUUAUUAUGCCUCUGUGACAACAGACUGUAUAAAAAAAUUGCCCUAUGAGUUGAUUUCAUUAUAAGUGAUAUGACUUCAUGCAGUGAUUUGGAAGACUUGUUGUUGACAUUGCAGUAGAUUGGACAUGGUUUGCUCUUUAGAGCAACUUGAUGUUGCAACAUUUAAUGCAUUUUGAGGUGAAAUGUAACUUAAAUUUGUACAUUUAAUGGUCACAUUGUCAUUCUUAAUAAUAGUAUUUUCAUUAUUAUUAUAAAUUAAUUUGCCCCUCAAGCAGGAGAGAGCAGUGCAAGUAAAAAAGUUAUUUAUUUAAAAAUUAUAAGAUCUGUUUUGUAAAAAUUACUUUUAAUAAAUUUUAAAAAACUCCAUAAAUUUUGCCAAGAAUCCAAAGAAUAAAGCAACCAAAGCAAUUUUUUUUUUAGUAUGAACAAGUCAAAAUUGAGAGAUGUGAUAGUCUACCUCCUGUCAUAGAGUUUUAAAAGUGUGUGCUUGAAUAGCAAGUUGCCCAAAUGUGGAAGAUAAGAAACAUAUUUUACUAAUUUCAGAGAAUUUAUUUUAGCACAUUAACAUAUAAUUUUUGAAACCCUGUGAAAAAUAACUAAAUCAAAAAUAUAUUUUAAUUUGUUAACUCCAAUAAACCAGCUAUUCUAAUGUUGUCAUAAACAUACAACUCACAAAAAUCUUUCUCCCGGUUAUUAUUCGUUUCUUGUAUGACCUUUAUCUGUGAAUAAUAAUGUACUUAAUGCACUUGGAUUGUCACUAUUUUGUCGCCAGCACUGACAGCAAUGAAUGGCUGUAAACCUUGGUGAUAGCAGGAGCACUAUGUCGACUUAUUGUAAAGUGAAACAUUUUUAAUAGUUUCUGAUGAAUUUUGCCCAAAGAUGCACUGUAACAUAGAUAAUAUCAUGUGUUUUAAAACAUUCUUCCAGAUGUCCUCCAACAAACAUGCUCACUUUGAAGUUAAAUAUGGGAAACUGACUGUAUUGAAGCUUGCUUUUGUCUAAAAAAAAAAGGGUUAAGUGAAGGUGAGAUGGUUUGAGAUAAGUGAAUGUGAAUGUUCAAAGCAAAAGGGUGCGUAUUUGAAUGAAAUGUCUCAUUGGCUAUACAGUCAUAAAGUUGCAUUGUAGGCUAUAUGUUUUAUGCCUGAUGUCAACUGUGUUGCGUGUCUGCCCCCGAAAACGACAAAGGUCAGGAUGACAGCAGAGAGGUACCUUGAAAGGAGAAGUAAGUGCUGUGUUUGCACUUACACACUUGAAAGCAAAAUGAUAAAUGAGUGGAAUGUAGACUGACAAGCCUACAUAUGUUUGCAAUAAAUUCAAAAUGCAAGCUA